AUGCCUCUGCCGAGACGACGAUCCUCCUUCCUGGGCCAGCCGGCCCCGGCGUCCGCCGGGGAGCGGGCGGGCGGCCCAGGCGGCCCGGGCCGGGUGAGCACCGGCAUCACCGCCGCGCCCCGCGGCGUCUUUGUGGGGAUGGCGCCGGCGGGCGGGGCCAGCAGCCUGGGGGCGCGGGUGUCACGCCGGGCGCUGGGCAUCAGCAGCGUCUUCCUGCAGGGCUUGCGUAGCUCCACCGUGCCCGUGCUGCCGCAGCCGGGCGAGCGCGGGUACCACCAGCCGGGCUUCGAGAGCCUCAACGGCUGCCUGCUUGAGUACCGCGACAAGGUGCGCGCCCUGGAGCAGCUCAACCAGCAGCUGGAGGAGCAGAUCCGCCACUGCCUCGACCGCAAGGCCUCCAGCGCCGGGACCUGGGGCACCCUGCGGCAGGACUGGGAGGACAUCUACCGACAGGUGAGUGAGGCCAUCCUGGACAAUGCCAGGCUCAUGCUUCAGACAGAGAACAUCCAGGCCACUGCAGAGGACUUCAAGGACAGAUACGAGAAUGAGCAGCCCUUCCGCAAGGCAGUGGAGGAGGAGAUCAACGCUCUGUACAAAGUGAUCGACGAUGCCAAUCUGACCAAAAUGGACCUUGAAACCCAGAUUGAUAGCAUGAAGGCCGAGCUGGAGGACUUGGCAAGAAACUAUGAGGAGGACGUGAGAGUCCUAUACAACGAACUGGCUGGCCGGCAAUUGGACGAGCCGGACGCCCCCAUCGAGACCAGCCUGGACCAGAUCUUGGGGUACAUCCGCUCCCACUGGGAGAAAGCCAUCGAGAAGAACCGGGCCGAGACAGAUGCCUACCUCGAGUACAAGCAGGCCGAAACCCUGAACACCAAGAUGAGCCACGAGGAGAAGGAGCUGGAAAGCCUGAAGUCAGAGUGCAACGACGCCGGCUGCAAGAUCCAGAGCCUGCAGGCUGAGAUCGAGUCCAUGAGGGCGCUGAAGCGGGGUCUGGAGAACUCCCUUAACGACGCCAGGCAUUGGCACGACAUCGAGCUGCAGAACCUGGGCUCGGUCAUCGGCAAGCUGGAGGCGGAGCUGGGCGACGUGCGCUGCGAUAUCGAGCAGCAGCGCCGCGACUUCGACACGCUGCUCGCCAACAAGAUGAGGCUCGAGCUGGAGAUCGGGACCUACCACGGCAUCCUGGACGGAGAGGAGAGCCGAUUCCAGCCACCCACGCAACCAGGAGACCCUGCAGAGGGUGAGACUCCAGCACCCCCAUCCCCUCCAUCCCCGGAACCCCACAGUGCUGCACAGAGUGACGGAGCUUCUGACCCACAAAGUCAACCACAGCAGAAGAGCUAGUGAAAGAAUGAUGUGACCCUACUCCAUACUUUACACAGGCAUACUGAAUGAAACCAUCACCGCCUUCUCUAGAAAGAAAAAAAAGAUCUGCAGUUGGUGUGCCUGCACUUGUGUUACGGCUUUGGGAAGACGGGACUCUGCCUGUCUCCACAG